GGGGCCUCACCAACGACAACAAUCUUUCAAUUGAGACAAUCAUCAACAUUGGACCCUGGCUCUACCAAAGAAAGGCCCCUAUCCUUUCCAACAACGGGAUUCCCAAUCAUCGAAGCAGACCAGCCAGCCGAAGAAGAACAAUUGUUCGACUACAGCGCCUAUCGAUACUACCCAGUACAUAUCGGUGAGAUCUUCGAGGACCGCUAUCAAGCUGGUGUAGUUCUUCGACUAUAUGUUUAUAUCCACAACUCGGUAUUUCACCGUGAGCUCCCAUUUUACCAGCACAUUGCUCCCCACAUGUCAAGUGAUCAUCCAGGGAGAGAGAAUAUUCGGCGAUUCCUCUAUUCUUUCACGGCCACUGGCCCAUAUGGCAGACAUAUCGUACUGGUUCAGGAACCCGCGUAUAUCAGUGUAUUCGAUCUCAGAGAAAGAAUGCAUGAAAACAGAUUUCCAGAGGAGAUGGUCAAAUCUAUCCUGACGGAGUUACUCCAGGCCCUGGAUUUCCUGCAUACCGAAUGCAAGACUGUACACACUGAUGUUCAUGCCUGUAAUUUACUAGCAUGCGACAACGAGAGCGAGAACGCCAAAUUCAAACGCAUUGAGGAAUCGGAAAUGGCCUCCCCCUCGGCACGCAAGCAGGUAUCGCAUGACAGAACUAUUUAUCUCUCGCGAGCCAUGCUUCCGACGGAGGGACCGUUGCGGCUUUGUGACUUCGGUGAAGCUAGGAUUGGGCCUGGGCCCUAUGACUAUCCGGCCAUGCCGAUGCCAUAUCGCGCGCCUGAGAUAGUGCUCGAGGUGCCGUGGAGCUAUCCAGUUGAUAUUUGGUGUGUUGGGCUUACGGCAUGUGAUCUUCUCGGCCUGAAUAGGCUGUUCAGUGCCGACCACACGGCCGGCGAUAUGUAUGAGGCAACCCACCUUGCAGAGUUGAUUGCUAUCUUGGGUCCGCCGCCUGCUGCGUUUCUAGAGCUCAAUCCUGAGAUGGCGGUUCAGUUCUGGGAUGAAGAUGGGAGAUGGAAGGACAUUGUCCCCAUUCCUGAGACGGGCAUGCUCGAGUCACUAGAAGGUCAAAUGGGUCUACCUCUUGCAUUUGUGAAGUUCAUGCGCAGAGCCCUAACCUGGAUGCCGAAUGAGAGAGCAAAUGCUAAAGAUCUUCUAGAGGAUCCUUGGUUGAAAGACUGA